CUGAUAUACAGACUUCGAUUACAACAAGGAUAAAACGGGUAGAGGUUUAUUAUAGGAAAGAAGAACACUGAAACAUCCUGGACAUCAGUAAGCAAUGUUACAAAUCAAGCAUUAAUCUUUUGAGUAAACAACAUUAACAUAACUGCAGAACUACAAGGCAACCAUGGCGACAGAAGAGGGCCAGGAUGGACUGUGUCAGGAUAAGGUUGUCUUGAAGAGGAAGCUGACCGGUCCACCUAGACUUCUCUUGGGAAAAUCUAAGUCUAAGAACCAGGGAAAUGACAGAUCUGAGGCCCGGGCAAAAAGAAAUGAACGACUGACUGUUAACAAUGGAGUUCAAAUAAGUUCCUUUUCCCCAAAAUACCUCAAUACUGAAGUUGAAGAGAAUGUGUUGCCAAUCGUCACUUUAGAUGACCUCCAUACAUGCUCAAAUAUGGAAGAGGAAGAUGCUUCACCAGAGGUGGUGACAGAACACACCAUGCUAGGUUCCGCUCAGGAAGAAGCCAGUGGUGACAAUUUGGAUCAGAACAGUAAAAUUAAACCAUCUGCAAAGUGUGGCUGGAAGAGGAUCUUUUAUCCUGCAGUCAUUUGUUUCAGGAAACAGAGGAAGAAUGCUAACCAAUCUGCAGGAGUUCCACUACAUCGUGCGUCAACUGAUAAGACUAUGAAAUCCAAUAAGAAGUUAGUGGAAGAAGAUUGCAUCUCCCUGAGUGUCAAUAACAGACCAAACGACACUGUCACCAAAAAGAAGAGGUUCGUCAUUCGGAGAUGGCCCAUUUUCAAAAGGUUCCUAAUCUCAACCCAAGACCAUCAAAGGGCGAAACCAAAAAGACGCGUCAAACACGUUCAACAAUCACCGCCAACCUUCAGGAACAAACUGCAACGUUUUUUUACUCGGGGAGGAAGGGAUACAUCGCUGAUGGUUCCUCAGGUGGAAGUAGACCUCCAGGACCCAGGAGACAGAGAGGCUGACUCUGAGCCAAUGUCCACACAAGAAGGGGACAAACACAAGUGCUCUUCUGGUGUCCAGCUUGAUAACACUCCUCAAGAUGGGAAGGAACUCACUGAACAAUGUACUGAAAAAGUGACAGUCAGUGCUGAUGUGAGCACCCUGUUCUCCAAGGAAAGAACUAGAGAGGUGGCGGAAACACAACCUGGGGUUUCAGAGAGCCUCACUGCAAUAGACGAAAGAUACCGAACACCCAACACAGAAGACCCAGAGGACGGACAGAGGGAUGUGAAAAGGGAAACGGACUCUAUGGUAGGGGAGAGGUCCAUGAAAACAAAGGAGGGUCUUACUUGCUCGACUGGCACAACCUUAGACGUCAAAGAUGGCCUUAAUGUUGCCAUGGAUGCUAACAAGGUUCACACGGAUGAACCUCGUCAGAGCCAGUGUUUAGAUAACAAGGGGAUUAUUGAUUUAUUUUACUCGGGGAGGAAGGGAUACAUCGCUGAUGGUUCCUCAGGUGGAAGUAGACCUCCAGGACCCAGGAGACAGAGAGGCUGA